AUGGACGACACCGCGGGCCCGCCGCGAACGUCGGACGUAGCGUCGGCGAUGGGAAGCGAGAGCGACGACGCCGCUGCCGCCGCCGCAGCCGCCACUACCACCGCCUCGAAGAUGCGGACGGUCGACGAUGACGACGCGAGUGCCGCCCCCGCCGCCGCACCUAUCGCCGACGAUGCCGCCGUCGAUCCCGUCGAGUGUCGUGACCGGGGCUCGAUAAGGGCCGCGUCCCCGGGGCCGCGCGGCGCUGCCGCUGCCUCCGCCACCGCCGCCGCCGCCGCCGCCGCAGCAGCCGCCUCUGCCGUUGUUACUACCUCCUGCUCGACGAUGACGACGACGCAGCAGCAACCGCUGCCGCCGCUGCAUCCGCAGCCGCAGCUGCCACCGGCAUCGCAGCCGGGGUGUGGCUGCGUGGCCGCGGCCACCGCGGUCGACAAGGACGAGAUCACCGUGUGCAUCACGCCGACCACCGGCGGCCAGUUCGAGCUCGCCGUGGACCGCAACGACACCGUGGAGAAUCUCAAGAAGAUCAUCUCCAAGAAGCUGAAGGUGGCCAAGGAGCGCAUCUGCUUGCUGCAUCGCGAGAGGCAGCUGCGCGAAGGAACGCUCGCGGAAAACGGCCUACAGAACGACAGUCGGUUAACGCUGCUGCCGAGCGUGGAAACCGGAUUGUUGGCGCAACGACCGGAGCAGAGCGUAAUGCAGGCCUUGGAGAGUCUCAAUGAUUCACAGGUGAAUGACUUCUUGUCCGGUAAGGCGCCGCUUAAUCUGACGAUGCGACUGGGCGACCACAUGAUGUUGAUCCAGCUGCAGCUGUCCACCGUAACUCCGGCAUCGCCGACUGCCAGUCAGGCGAGUUCCGCCAGCAGUAAUAGCCACAAUCAUCACAGCAGCAGCAGUAGCAGUAGCAGCAGCAGCAGCAGCGGCAGCAGCAACGUCGCUGGCUUGCCCAAUGGUGGAAACACCACGAGCAUGUCCAAUCUGUCUGGCGGUCACUCGUCGUUGCAAACGAGAAGAUGUCUGACAGCCAGAUCACCGUCAAACAUCGUCAAGCCGCAGAACGCCGCCGGGGCACCGGCUGGGAGAACGUCGCAUCUAAUUAGCAGCCUCGCCAGCGCCCUGCACGCAGCUGCCAGCUAUAGCAGCAGCGGAAGCCUACCCAGCGCCAGCAUCACCACCACGACCACCAGCCCGGUAUGUUCCAGCCGGGUCACAGCAUCCUCCUCGUCCGUCUCGGCGGCGCCAAUUAGCCCGGCGCAUUCAUCGUCGUCGUCCAGCAGCAGCUCAGGCCAGUCACAAUCCGCGCGUGGCAAUUCGCACGGCGUGCCACCUACGAACGGCAAUUCUUCCAGCGCGUGUCAGCCCUGCCCGCUCUAUCACCACCAUCAUCAUCAUCACGGCCAUCACCACGGUCAUCACCACGGCCACCAUUAUCACCAUCACCAUCACCAUCAUCAUCAUCAUUCGAGGAACAGAUCUAGCUUGCCCAGCAUUUCCGCCUCCUCUUCUUCCCCUUCCUUCAGUUCGGGUUCGUCCUCGAUUCAGGAGCAGUCCGCCUUGGAGCCGACGUCGUCCUACGACGCGACGCUGCCCAGGAAGAAGCUCUGCAGCGGCCACCACCAUCACGGCCAGCCGUCGUCGUCCGUUACCACCGGUGGCGUGGACGCCACGAGGAGUCAGCACGAGGAGUCGAAUCCGCAGAGCCCAACGUGCGCCUCGCCGUUGAUGCUGGAGCAAUCGCCGCCCAAGCCCGCCACCCUCGACACCCGGGCGCUCGCCGAGGCGUCUCGAAACCUCACGCAGAAGCUGAAGCAGCUCUCCUCUGAGGAGAACGCGAGACGCAGGCAAGGCGCGAUAAUAGAGAGUAUGCAUCAUCACGGCAAGGGCGUGUAUUCCGGCACGUUCAGCGGCACUCUGAACCCAGCCCUCCAGGACAGACACGGUCGGCCGAAGCGGGACAUUAGCACCAUCAUUCACAUCCUGAAUGACUUGCUCUGCGCGACACCAGCCGCAUCCGCAGGCCACUACAGGCAUCAUCAUCACAGGCAUUCGCAUACUCGCCAGCAAUCCUCCUCGAUGUCCGCAUCUUCUGCAGGCACCGCAGCCGCCGCGAAUGGAUCCGCUGCGUCGGUCGGCUGUCACGAUUCCACACCAGGCUACUCCAACGAGGAAUUGUCGAAGGAGAACGAGGCGACGAAGGGCAAGAUGCGCCGGCUGCGCUUAGUCAUGGAGCAACGUCGCGCCAAGAGAAAAGCCAGACGACAGGCGCGAGCGGCGCCGUACACCACGCAGUGGGCAGCGAUGACUCCCGCCGACCCGAACCACGAGCCGAACACGUCGACCGCGACCUCGAGCACUACCGCCACCGCCAACAGCGCGGAGCCGCAGAACGAGCCGGAGCUUCAGCCGUGCAGCCCCGAACCGGUCGUAGCUUAAAAUACCACGUCACUAACAGUCAAUUCACGGCACAGUAGUAUCCUCUAUAUUCGUAUAAAUAGGGUAUGAUUGUCACCGGUUCUUUUUUUUUUUCUUCGUUUCUGCCUAUCGCACUGAUUUAUUCCGGAAGGAGAAGAGAAUGAAUGCAGGGUCGAACGUGUCCUAUCGCGCAAGUUUACACUCGUUCCGUACAACUCCCGUUUCGCGCAGCCAAACGCUGCAAAACGUUUUUAAACGUUUGAUUUGACACCCGUUUACGUUGAUACCCCGUAGUACACGGUCUCGAUCAUUACCGCGGAUCCGCUGAGUUUCUCUCCGUAUAUGAUGCAAGUGUCUCGCUUUCUCCGAUUUACGUUACCUUAUGCAAAUAGACGUAAUCCUCGCGAGGAUUCGCUGGCUGAUCGGAGCACGAACUCUAAUCGAAAAUCCUUUCUUCGCGCAUAGCGACUCCGACUCGUUCAAUGUAACACUUUUCAAAAAUAUUCUUGUUUUGUCUUUGAAGUAUCUUAGUCUUAGAAACAAGAGUCUUCUUUUUUUUUGCUAUCUUUUCAAUUCUCUUAGAAUAUCGGAAUCUUUUUUGCUAUGCAACGUGUAUUACACGCGUCACUCAUUACAGUUGUCCCAUAAAAAACCACUUGCAAUUUACCUUCGUCCAUGGACACAUCGUUUCAAAAGUCAAUCGCGUUUUCAUAUUACUUAUCGUCAGUGCACAAUGACAACGCAUUCACGAUUACAUAAACGUUUCCCGCGAUGACAUGUGAACCAUUGUAGGCGCACAAGGGACAUUUGAACGUCUACAAAAAUGGUCGUGCGUGGCGUUACGGCUAUAUAUUAGGUAAUAUAUAGUGUUACCGCUAUAAUAAAAAUGUAUAUUGCAUACAUAUAUAUAUAUAUAUAUCAUUACCAUUAUAUGUAUUUAGUGUAAUGAAAUACUGGGUAUCCUACGGCUAUCGUUUCUCAACGUUAAUAAAAACGGUGAUCUCGCAGUGUUUGGCCGGACUCAGGACUUGAUCGUAGUUGACAAUAAUUACGCUCGGCGAAUGAAUCAGUGUGACGGUUAUACGUAUCUAUAUAUACAUCGGCAUCGCGCGGGCGGCCGAUGAGUCGUGAAAGGGGAGAAAGAGAGAGAGAGAGAGAGAGUGAGUGAAAGAUACAAGAGAAUGAAAGGGAGAGAGAGAAAGAAAUAGAGAGCAAGAGCUCUUAUUAAGGCUCCUAUUAAGGAAUCCUAUAUUAAGGAACUUCCUGUUAGAAGUAAAACUCGCCGAUAAACACGCCACACGCGUUUAAAAAAAAAAAAGCGGAAGAGAAGGGAGGCAGGAUCGCCAUAGUUUUGUCUGUGCGCGUUUACUACGCUCUCUUGACUAUUCUCUCGCUAUUCGGGGCACUCGAAGUCUCAUACGUAGAUGCGAAUAGAAUCCUGAUCGACGCGCGUUUGUAUGGCUCGCAGUGCGAGAGAAGCGACGGCAAGUCUCGCGUCUCGCACUCGACGCUGAAUCGUCGCUCUUGAAACAAGAUGAAAAAAAAAAAUACUGCAGGGAAGGGGGGGGGAAGAGAUAAACUCGCGCGCGAUGGAAUCUGUGCAAAUUUGUACUUCGCGUCCCGAUCGAUAUAAAUCACCGUAUAUUUUUUUUUUGUAAGUAGCAAGUGCACUUUCCAACGUCUUCUUCGAAUUAAAAAAAAAACAGCACUAUACGCAUACGCGAAUGAUGUACGUUGAGAUAUUUUCCAUUUGAGCCUUCGGUGAUUUUGUCAAUUACCGCUAACGUUUUGUACAUGGUUCCGCGCAUUGUUCACUUUACUCGUGUGCGUCGGAAAUGCAAAGUAGCAAGAGAGUCAGAUAUAAAAUGAGAGUAAAGCGAACAACACGAAGGCUUGUACCGCGUACCUCAUCCAAUGUUACGGUCUUUCCAAUUCGCGUGAUAGACUGGAAAUUGGAUGAAACGCAACAAAAAAAUAUAUAUAUCGUUUUACUUGGCAUCUUUUCUGCGUUUGCGUUCCGUUCUUCGAUGCCUGUUCAAUUAAUAUUGGUUCAGUCAGGUGUUCCAGAUCCGUACCAAUCCUACCUUCAGUCGUGAAAAAUACGUCAUUUUAACUUAAUCGCGUUUACGAACGAACCGAAGGAAAAUAGCAAAGAGAAAAGUGAGGAGAAGAGACACGAGGGGGAAAAUGAAAGAUUAUUUUCUACGUUGUACGUAAUUUAUAGAACGAUCCAAAAAUAGGGGAAACCAUGUGUCUAAGUGAGGCGUGAAGCGGCUCACUUAAUCGAGUUGGAAAUAGCUCAUGUUCAUUAGUUCUUGCGGAGCAUGUGACACACGGUGAAAUACGCUGUAUAUCUUAAUCGCUGGUGAAUCAUAUCUCGACACUUGGUUUGCCCUUUUUCAGGAUUUCGACGUUAUACAUUAUUUUUCGAACAGACGAAAUGGAAUGGACGGGGGGGCGAAGGGGAGGGGGGGGGGAGAAGAAGAUUCACACGAAUCGAAGAAGGCGUAUAAGGCGGUUCUAUAGGAUGAAAUGCGUUGCGUGAAACACGUAUUGCACGGCGUGCUACGGCCCCACGAUUUAAGUUUAAGUUAAUUAGGUACUACAGAUAAUACAGUGUCACAUACUACUAAUAGAAAUACAUUGCGUUUAGGUUUACUUUAGGAGAAGAAAAUAUUAUUACCAUUAUUACAUUAUUAUAUAUCAUUAGUAUACCGCUAUUACAAUUUUUGCAAAACUGGCUCAAUAUUGUAAUAUACGAUUAUCGGAACCUUAUCGAGUACCAAAAUAAAUAAGAUUGCUUGCUAAGCUAA